AUGGCUUAUAUAUCUUCCCCCAAAUACUCAAUUUCUCUUAAUGGCUCACUCCAUGGUUACUUCAAGGGAGAAAGAGGUUUAAGGCAAGGUGAUCAUCUAUCACCUUAUUUGUUUAUUUUGGGGAUGGAGUACCUAUCUAGAAAUUUGGCAAAGCUUAAAGAUGACAGAUCUUUUAAAUUCCAUCCUAGGUGUGGUGAGUUUAAGAUCACACACCUAAUCUUUGCUGAUGAUCUUCUACUUAUUUCAAAAGGAGGCAUACAUUCAGUGAGUAAGAUCUUCAAUUGUUUCAGGGAAUUCAGUGUUGUUAUAGGCUUGGAAGCAAACUUAGAGAAAUACAAAAUCUUCUAUGGAGGAGUUGAUGAAAGUUUUAAAAGAACUGUCAAAAACUUACUGAACUUCCCUGAGGGUGCAUUGCCUAUAAAAUAUCUAGGAGUCCCUAUGAUAUGUAAGAGAUUAUCUUUCAUGGAUUGCACUCCUCUCCUAAAUAAAAUCUCUGGUCAAUUUCAGGCCUGUAUGAAAAAUAGGGGGCAAUCUUAUGCAGGUAGACUGAAAAAUGGUGGACUGGGCAUAUAUUCAGCAACUAUCUGGAAUUUUGCUUCUAUCUUGAGAAUCCUUUGGCAUAUACAUGUUAAUAAGGAGAGCUUGUGGAUAAAGUGGAUCCAUAGUACAUACUUAAAGCAAAAUGACAUCUGGUCUGUUCAAGCAAAAAAUGGCAACUCUUGGUUAUGGAAACAGAUUUUGAAGAUUAGAGAUAAAGCUCUGAGGCUAUAUAAUGGAGCUGAUAACUUGAAGAUUCUCAUUAAAUCCUGCUGUAGGGAUUCAAAUAUUAAAAUAUCAGCUCUAUAUACUGCUCUUUCUCCUGCUCCAGUUUCAGUUCCUUGGUGUAAUACAAUUUGGGAGGCUGCAAACAUCCCCAGAUAUUCCUUCAUCAGCUAUUAUGAAAGUAGGGAUCAUCUCUUUUUUGAGUGCCCUUAUUCGAAGAGUGUUUGGUCUAUGGUCAUGGAAUGGUUGCAAUUCAAGUGGAGGUCUUGUGAUUGGGCUCAAGUUAUUCCUGGUACUGCUUCAGGUAGAACCCCCAUUUAUGUAGUAGCCCUUCCCCUGGGGGCGGAUGAAGAUGUUCUUGCUAGUGAUUUAACGUUAUUGUCUUCCCCUCUUUUCAGGUGUCAGGAUGAGGUCCUGGUCGAAGAGGGUCCCGUGCUCAGGGAGCUGAACAAGCUGAGCCAGAGCCUGAGCCGCAGCAAGCUCCACAGUACUUGA